AAGACUUGGCUGAUUCAUGUCUUCAAGGAGUAUUAUGUAACACUCUCUACUAGGACGGUCACAAGGCCACAGGGCUCACCUGUGUUUAGAUUGACCAUCUGUCCCUCUCCUUCCAAAGCCCAUCUUCACUCUGCAACACACACACAUACCAUCAGCGGAAAUCUGCUGAAGAGACCUUCAUUUGUUUUGGUCCAAUCUGGUGAUCAAAACUCCAGCUCUGGUGAGGAAGAAUUGUAUAAGUGGAAUGAGGAAGACGUGGGAGCCCGUAGGCGGGAAAUGACUAAUCCUGGAUUGGCUGUGAUUUACCAGGCUUAUAUGCUGUACUUUUUUCCUAUUUUCUUCCUGUUUAGACAGGUGCAUCAGCAGAUCAUACUCCCCAUGUGUGGGUGAACAGAAGUAAAGCUGGGAUUGCAUCUCUGUUGACACCUCUGCAGAUUCAGCGUGAAGCAGGGAGAGAAAAACACAGACAUGCAGACGGAAUGAAUAGAAAGAGGACAGAGGGAGCGAGAGAGAAGAGUGAAAGAGAGACAGAAGAUAUAUUUGACUAUGUGGGUGUGUGAAGUAUCAAGGCAUGCAUCAUAAUUGUGGAUUCUUCUCGGAGCAGCCGGACGUGUCACUGCAGCAGCAGGACAUUAAGUGUCGUAUUUUGUACUUUAUAACAGUGGCAGCUGUGAGCGCAUAAGAGGCAAAAUGGAAACCGUUUUCUUUCUGCUGCCUCAAGGAUUUCAUUAACUCGGAUUAUAAAAAAAUACCUUGAACUAGUUAAAAGGGAUGCAGACUGGAAAAUGAUGAUGAUGCCCCUUCACUGUCAAUAAUCAAGAAUUCAAGUCAAUCAUUUAUCUGAGAUGGCCGUCAGCCCUGUCAUCAUCUGCCUCCUGUCACUGAUCGGCUAUGGCUCUUCCCACCCCUCUCCUCCUCCUCCUCCUCGGGGAUGCAGUGUGGAUGUGGAACCUCCAUACAGAGUGCUGUGUGACCUGGAGUCAGUCUGGGGUGUGGUUCUGGAGGCUGUGGCCUGCAGCGGUGGCCUCGCCUCUCUGGUCCUCGCUGUGCUCCUACUAGUCAAGCUGCGCUCCAUUUCUGACCACGCCAGGCGCUCCGGCGUGGGGCCUCUUCUCCUGCUCCUUGGCACGCUCCUCGGGAUCUUCUCCAUCUCUCUGGCUUUCCUGGUGGGGAAGAACCAGGUGCUCUGUGUGAUCCGCAGGGCCUUCUGGGGGCCACUUUUUGCCCUCUGCUUCUCCAGCUUGCUAGUGCAGGGUGUGCGGCUCAGGAGGCUGGUGGCUGGCAAGACGAGCCCAUCGGGCAGCUCCCUGGCAGCGCUCGGUCUGGCCUUGGCCUUGGUUCAGGGGAUCAUCUCUGCUGAAUGGGUCUUGCUGACUGUAGUUAGGGAGGGUCACCCGGCCUGCGAAUAUCCACCUUUAGACUUUGCUCUGACAUGCAGCUACACCCUGGGGCUGCUCCUCAUAGCCAUGGGGCUUUCUCUGGGGGUGGUGCUUUGUGGAGGAGAGAUGAUGGCAGAGGGAGCAGGUGGGAGUGAAGAAGAUAGAGAAGGAGGUAGUGAAAAACGCAGAUGGAAGUGUAACGCUGUCUGGCUCUUUCUGUCCAGUCUGGCAUCGGCAUUGCUAUGGGUGGCUUGGCUGGGGUUUUAUCUUUAUGGCAGCCAGACCCUGAGAGGAAAGGGGAAAGGUGAGAGGUUAGGAGGAGGAGGAGCAAAGAAGGAUGUAAAGGUGUUGGAUGAGCCUGCACUGGCGGUGGCCCUGGUCAUUCAGGGCUGGAUCCUGCUGCUGUUCCACGCUAUUCCAGAGGCGCACCUGUGUCUCCGGAACCCUCCACAAUCCAACACGCAAGACUUCUUCGACACCACUCACACGUCUCCUCCUCCACAUUUCGGAGAUGAGCUUCCAACGCAUUCUCACCGACCCUUCCCUGAAAACCAAGCUUUUUCUAUGGAGGAGCACGGUGCAACUCUCCGAAGUGGAACAUACCACAGCAGCCACGGGAGUGUGCGUCCUGGCAUCGCCUUCAGAGGUCAUGUCUACCAGCCCACUGAGAUGGCUCUGGUCAUGAAUGGUGGAACAAAUCUCAUCUCUAUAUCUCUCUGCAUUGAGAUUGCCUCCAAUGAUGACAAGCCUUGUUUUUCCAGUGAGGGAGAUGCCGCCCCGCACCAUCACACUGCCUCCACCAAAAGGUGUUACUCUAUCGGUGCAGCAAUCACCAUAGCGUUCUCCGCGUCUUCUGCACACUUUGACCCUAUGAUCCAACUGCGGUAG